UCUAAAACCCAACGACAACGAGGGAGGUUGCUCUUGCAGAAGAGGCAUAAUGGAAGAUUAAGGAGAAACCUCUAAUUCAGUCUCAGUGCCAAUCCCUUUUCGCUUAACAAAAUCAAUGUUGGCUGCUAGGAAUCUCCAUAGGCAUACCUUCAAGAACCUUUCCCCUCUCCUCCAUUCCGCUUCUUCAAAAAGUGAUUUGCUGUGUAGAAAAGUUGCUCCAAAAAUAGUUUCAAGUAAUGUCGUUCAACCAAGUAAUGCUAGAGAAGAUGGGUUAUUCUUUUCUUCUUCUACAAUGCUGCUGGAUCCGUUCAACACAUGGUGCCGGUCCAUGUCGACACCGAGAGGAAGGAGCAUGCGAAGCAAGGUGGAGCAGCGGAUGAAAAAGGAGAGUGGUAAAACUCUGAGGGAGGUUCGGAGAGCCAAAAAAAUUCAAAAGAAGCUGAUGACUGAAAGUGAGAGGCACGUUUACAACCUUAAAAGGGCCAAGAGGAAAGUGGCAUUACUCCUACAAAAGCUAAAGAAAUAUGAGCUUCCAGACUUGCCACCCCCUCGACACGAUCCUGAGCUAUUUACACCUGAACAGCUUCAGGCAUUUAAGAAGAUUGGGUUCAAAAAUAAAAAUUAUGUACCUGUUGGUGUUCGUGGAGUCUUUGGAGGAGUUGUCCAAAAUAUGCAUUUACACUGGAAGUUUCACGAGACUGUACAAGUUUGUUGUGAUAACUUUCCCAAAGAAAGAAUCAAGGAAAUGGCAACAAUGCUUGCCCGACUAAGUGGUGGAAUUGUGAUAAACAUACAUAAUGUCAAAACAAUUAUCAUGUUCCGCGGUAGGAAUUACCGCCAACCAAAGAAUUUGAUACCUAUCAAUACCCUCACAAAGAGAAAGGCAUUAUUCAAGGCCAGAUUCGAGCAAGCUCUUGAAUCUCAGAAGCUAAACAUAAAGAAGAUUGAACAGCAACUUCGCCGGAGUGGUAUAAAUCCCGAGGAUCCUGUUGCAACCGCCAGCAUCCAGAGAGUAGCUUCUUCAUUCUUUAAUGCAAUUGACAAGAAGGAAGGAACCCCAUAUGUUUUCCAGGAGGAUAAAUUAUCACUAAGAGAUAGUACUGAUUUUGAAUCAUCAGAACCUUCUGAUGAAAAGGAACAGGAGGAGUUAGACAAAUUCAUAGCUGAGAUAGAAGAUGCAGCAGAACGAGAGUGGGCUGCUGAGGAAGCAGCAGAAAAAGAAGACUUCGGUAGACUUAAAUAUUGGAACAGAGAGGAAUUUGGUGGGAGAUUCAGAAGAGCUGAAACAUUUAGAGGUGAUAGCUCUUAUGAUGAGAACAGAGGGGAUAGAAAUUGGAAGGAUUCACAUGGCAAACGCAGGACUUCUGAAAGUGAUGAUGAAGACGAUGAUGCUUCUGAUGCUGAUGAUAAAUGGCGAUCUCGCAAUGCUAGAGGUGCUACUCCUGUUGAUAGUGACAUUGAUGAGUCUGAUGAAAGUGAAGAGAAUUUUGAAGUACAUAGAGGUGACAGAAGAAGGCAGGAAAGGAUUAGCAGGCCCAGAAAUAAUGAAGGGUACAAGAGAAAUGCUCCCAUAAACUUUAGAAAGAGUAUGCCUGAAGAGGAUUCCGAUGAAGAAAACGUCCUUAGUGAUCUGGAAACUACAAUGCGGCAAUCAGAUACUGAUGAAGAACAUGGCUCAAGCGCAGCAAGAGCAACGAAUUAUAAUUACAGGAGUGACAGCGAUGAAGAAGAGGACUCCUUUAACCAAAAGGAAGAGAAGGGUAGAAGAAUGACUUAUGAGAGCAGUGGUGAUGAUUCUGAUGAAUGUAAUAGGCUUGAGGCACCAAAAGUAGUGAAGGGUAGAAGAAGAAUGACUUAUGAGAGCAGUGCUGAUGACUCUGAUGAAUGUAAUAGGCUCGAGGCACCAAAAGUGGUGAAGGGUAGAGGAAGAAUGACUUGUGAGAGCAGUGAUGAUGAUUCUGAUGUUAGUAAUAGGCUUGAGGCACCAAGAGUAGUGAAGGGUAGGCAAAACAGAGCUGGCAGCACUGGUAACACAGCAGCAUCUAGUCAUUCAGAAAUUGCUUGGCUAGAAGAAGAAGACACAGAAGCAUUAGGGGGUGGAAACUUAGAUUACUGGAGCAGUGGUGAUGAAGAUGAGUAUCAAGUGAAAAGUGAUGGCAAGGAAAAGACUGAUGCAAGGAGAUCAAAAUCAGCUAAAGAGGUGGAUGAAACUUGGGAUAGUGAUUAAUUAAGUGGCUUGUUGUUAUCAAAAGAAUCUAAGGCUAAGGCACUUGCCCAUGUUGCAAUGGUUCCCUUCAUAGGACUUUGCUUUUGGAAGUUCCAUGAACAUGUGAUUAUUUUAUUUGGCAGCUUGGAUUAAGCAGGGCUCCUGCUACAGUCUACUUACUACUACUAGUAAGAUUCAGUAACAUCAAUGAAAUGAACCUUGGUGGUGUCUUCAUGAAUGUGGAAAGAUUGAAGAGAGUAUUAAUUGAGCUCCUUCUCAUAUAUUUGAGAAAGUUAUAACUUCAUUUUUCUGAUUGAUUGAACACAAAUUUUGUACUUGAUUGAUUUUCUUGGCGUAUUAAAAAAAUUUGAGUGAAAAUGAACAAAAGUGGAAACUAUCGGGCCAAUUAUCAUAUUUACCAGUGUAAUUUAAUACUACAUGCUUUUAGAAUAUGAAUGGCCCCUGCUUUUGUUGUGGAUUGGUGUCACACUGAACUAUAUAUAUUUUUUUGUAAUUAAGCCUUUGAAUUCAAAUAAAUCAUUAAUUAUGGUAGA